UCGUCUAUAGAGGUAUAAAUAGUGAACUCGUUUGGCGGAUCUACACCUAGCUUGAACACCUACGUGUUUCCUGCGUAAACAAGAUGUUGCUGAAAAUAGCCUUCGUCGUCCUUCUAAGUUCACUGGUUGCUGAAGCGAAGAAAGGAAGUAGACCUGGGAAGCCAGGGAAAACGACGACCACUGUUGUACCACCCACUCUACCUCCUGUUGGGGUGUGUGGGGUCAGCUCUAGUACUUCUAGGAUCGUGGGUGGAGCAGCUGCCAAUCCAGGAGACUGGCCAUGGCAGGCUCAACUCAGGACCACAACAGGGUUCCCAUAUUGUGGCGGAUCUUUGAUCCAUUCCAAUUGGGUGCUGACUGCCGCUCACUGCAUCAGCGGUAAACGGCCCGCUGAAGUCGUUGUCAGGCUCGGCGCUCACAGUCGGUUGGGAAAUCUUACAACGGAUAUGCAGGAUAUCAAGGUGUCAGCUAUCAUUACGCACAGUAACUACAACUCAAGAACAAUGUACAACGACAUUGCCUUACUCAAGCUGGCCACUCCAGCACAGACAAACAGCAAAGUAGGCUUUGUGUGCCUGCCCGAGACAGAGGCCUCGCCAAGUGAUGGGACCACGUGUUGGAUCACGGGAUGGGGAACCCUCUCUUCAGGCGGGUACCCCCCGGACAUCCUCCAGGAGGCCUCGGUCCCAGUCGUUAGCCGCGCGCGCUGCGAGCAAGCCUACACAGAUCCGAAUCAGAUUCAUGAUUCCAUGUUGUGCGCAGGUCUUGAUAAUGGUGGCGUUGAUACGUGUCAGGGUGACUCUGGCGGCCCGCUUGUUUGCGAGUCGGGAGGGAAGUUCGUCCUCCACGGAGCAACGAGCUGGGGAUAUGGCUGCGCGGCAAAAGGGAAGUUCGGCGUGUACGCAAACGUGAAGUACCUCCUGACCUGGGUUAAGACACAGAUGGCCACACGGUAGAUAACAGUGCACCAAGUGUAUAUUAUUUCAAGCAUAGAAUAAACCGUGCAUU